GAACUGGUUCUUCCUCUCACACUCAUCACACACACACACACGUCUGCACAAGGAGAAGAACGAGCACCAGCCUGACAGACAGACUGGAACUGGAACUGGAAGGAUCACUCGUCUAAAGCAGAACAAGAAAAGGAAUCAGUGGAGUGUUCCAGUAAGGAGGAUCUAGACAGAGUUCCACUCGGAUCUUCCACGGUUCCUGCACGGUUUGAACCUUUCUCUGGGUAGAUUUCCUGCGUUGGUGUUUCCUGUGCCAAGCGCCAUGGUCCUGUUUGAAGAACCCGAGUGCGGUGUGUGCCUGGAGCACUACUCCAAGAGCAAGCACGUUCCCAGGGUGCUCUACUGCAACCACACGUUUUGUGACCCCUGCCUAAACCGGAUAGCACAGAAGAAUAAAGACAUGAUCAGCAUCCGCUGCCCGGUGUGCCGGCAGAGCUCCUGCGUGCGGGACGGACUCACGCUGCAGGACGCGCUGUACGUCAACAACCGCCUGUGGAACAGCAUCGUAGAGAACCAGGAGGAUGAGGAGGAGAUCCAGAGCACCGGAGCGCCGGGGUCGUUACCAACACAACUCCAGUGCAGGCCCAGGAACAACCAACUGAACCUGCCACUGCCGGGAUUCCUGAAGAAGAUGAUCUUCCGGAGACGGUCGGAGAGGAUUUUACCAGGAUGCAACGUACAGAUAAAGUCCUGGAGGAGACUUUCGGGGGAGGAGAUGCCCUGAAGAGACCUCGACAGGGGUCAGGAGUAACGAAGUCGAGCCACGGUUAUUGAAGACAGCGCACCAGCGUUAACGUAGAGCCGGAUCACUGACCGAUCGGAGGCGUCGCCGUGUAGGAAUAAGAGAGCGGCGCUUCCUCGUUACCGGGUGCUUCACAGACUGGGAUUUUUUCUAUCUGCUGGGAUCUUUCGUCGGUUUUCUCGUCCGUAAUCCUUCACAGCUGCCGUGAUGGGAUCCGCUUCAGCUGUUCCAACACAGAUGGGUGGAGAAGGAGGGGGCCCGAAAAGAGAAAGGGCCGAGAGAGACCCAGACGGAACACGGGGCUUCGGCAGAUGGCUUCUAUAGAAAUAUUGAAAGGACCCCCCACCACCCCAUCCCGAAUCUGGCUGUCCUCAGUGACUCCCGUCUAACUUAUUAUAUUUUAUUAGCCUUAUUUUCUAUAUUUAUGUAACUUAUUUGUCGUAUUAAAUUA